AUUCGUAGAGAGUAAGAGCAAGAGUCGUAUAUACUGUAUAGUGUGAUAUAUAUUUGUCGCGUGUACUCGUGAUUAUAAUUUAAAAUGUAUUUUUUUAAAUUAAAAGAUUAAGUUUUAAUUUUUAAAUUUGUGUGAAUGUUGAGCGUUUGCAAUUUUUAAAUCACUCGUUAAUUAAUCAGAGUACAUUUAACACAUUAUCAUACUGCUCGUGUACUUAUACAAGAAAAAAACAUUCAUAUGAGCUAAAGGUUUUAUGACAAUAAAAUUGACAAAAAAAACAAAUUGAACGAUUGAUAAAUUAAAAAAGUAUAAACCUUGAGAAAAUAAAAUAUAAAAAUAAUAAUGUUUCGAACGGCAAGUUUUGACGAUAGAUUAAUGAAUCCACCGAGUGAUGAAAGCUUUGAUUUUUAUCAUGUAGAAACAGGACAAGGAUAUUAUAUAAAAUUUACACCACCAUCAGAUACUAAAUUUUGUCCACGUGCUAAUUUUCCGUCACGUUUAUUAAGUAGAUCAGUACCAAGACGUAAUCGUAGUUUAGUAAAUUUCAAAAUAAAUCGUUCAUUACAAUUUGAUAGUAAUAUUAAUCCACAAGAACAACGACGUAGAAGUGACAGUUUUUUGUCACCAAAAUCAGUAGGACAUUCACCGAUAAAUAAAAAUUUAUCAUUGAGUCGAUCAGCUAAAAUAUUAAAAGCAUUAAAUAUUGAGUAUAGUCCAGUAAUGAAUGAUGAUUAUAAAAAAAUAAAUAAAACUUUGACAUUUGAUUUAACACCAAAUUCAAGUAGAUUUAAAUCACCAACAUCAACAGCAACAAAUAGCCAAACACGUCGUUGUAAAUUAUCUGAUUUAAGUUUACAGUCAAAUGGUAUAAGUAAAUCAUUAAAUUUUGACAGCUGUGAUGAUUCACCAGUUGCAAGUGCACUUGAUACUUCAAUUGAAUCUAUUGACGAGAAUCAAAAUCAAACCCCGUCUUCACAAAGAAGUAGAAAAAUAAAAAAAACAUUGAGUUAUUUAUCAUUAAGUUCAGGUGGAAGUGGUACGUCAUCGUCAUUUGAAUUUCAUUUGCUAUCAUCGCCGGGCCUAAGAACUGAAUUACGUGAAAAAAUAGAUGAUAUUGUAGUAACAAGUAUGGUAACAACUCCACAAUCAAAAUUAAUGUCAUCAGGUCAUAAGCAACUAGUUAAUGAUGAUGAAAUUACUGUUAGUACACCACGAAAUUUGUAUAAAGACUUUACGGACGAUGAUAAUGAUGAUGAGAGACCGGAAACACCGGUCAAUGUUAUACGAUUGAUUCCGGAGAGUAUGAGUGCCAUUAAGAAGAGUCAUCGUAAGGAACGUUUUACUGGACGCUUCAUGAAUCGUAUAAAUCAAAAUUCAACUGAAGAGCCUCUAGACACAGACAUUGACUCGGAAGAACGACCCACAACUCCUUUAACAAGUGAUGUACAUCAGAGUCCAAAUUAUAGUAUUCAUUCAAUUAAAAAAUCUCAUAAAAAAGAUAAAAGUAAAAAAAAAUUAUGUGUAAAUCAUUCAGAAGAUGAGUUGUCAGACACUGGGUCUCUUUUUGAGUACUCAAAUAUUGAAGAAGAAAAAGAAAAAGAAGAAGAAGAAGAAGAAAAAUUGAAACUCAAUUCAUCUGAAGAUUUGAGUCCCGUGCAAGUUAACGAGGAAAUAGAAUUUCAAACACCCCCAAAAACUGGACAGUGUCAUGAGCCCAAGACACCUGUACCCGCGACUCCAAGAGCAAGUACAUCAGGUCGAAUAACUCCUGAAAAUCGUAUCGAUUAUUUAAAACGUAUAAUGACUGAUUCAAUUAAAAAGUCACAUAAAAAACUUAAGGAUUCAAAUAAAAAAAAAUUAUUCAAGUCGCGUUUGAUAGAACGACAACAGGAUAAUGUUUCAAUGUUGAAAAAUGAACUAAAUUUAAAUGAAUCUACUGAACAAGAAAUUCUUCCAUCAAAAUCUUCAGAUACCGAUACUAGAAAUCGUUCUGGUACACCAGAAAAUAUGAAUUCAAGUAGACUGUUGCUAUCAAAAUUUAGUUCUGUUAAAAAAUCACAUAGAAAAGAUAAACAUCGCAAAAUAGGUUUUGCCCAACGUCAUAUAAUGAUGAAUGACAGCAAUGAAAGUUCAAGUCCUGAAGCAGAAUAUAAUAAAUCACCCAGCAAACGUUUAUUAAAUAUUCCACAAAUAAAUAUAACAGAAGCUAGUACAUCAAAGUCUUCAAAUGAUUUAUCAACGUCAUUACACCAUGACAAUAAUCGUUAUCAAAGUCUCCAUCAGUCAGUGUUAGACUCUGAAGACGGAGAUUUUAAAUUGAUCUCAUCCCCAAAUAAACGAAAGAGCCCAAAUGUUAGCAGUUGUUCCUCUAUUGAAGCAGAUACGUCAAGCAGUGAAUUAAAGCUGAUGGAUUGUCAGAGUCCGGAAGAAGAAUUUAAAAUAUUUACGCCAAUUAAAAAAAGAAAGUCUAUUGGUAAAUUAAAUAAGAGUAAUUUAAAUGAAUGUGUAUUUUCUACACCAAAAAAACCAGUUGUUGAAAUUUGUAGCGAUAGAUGUGAAACUCCUAGAUUGGGUAUGAGUAUUUUAAUACCUGCGAAUGAUAAUGACGUAGUUAAAAAUAAAUAUAGUAAUAAUAAUAACAAUGAUGAUGAUAAUAAUAUUAAGAAGGGAGAUGACGCAAAUGUCGAGAGAACGCAGAGUGAUGAUGACACGAAUGGCAGACAAACACCAGAUAAUUUAAAUCAUACUAAAAUGAUUUCAUCUUUAAGCUCGAUUAAAAAAUCACAUCGUAAAGAUAAGUGGGCGAAAGUACGCACGCGUGAGUCAUCACGUUUGUUAUUAAAAAAAAAUAAAAAUAGUAGUUAUGGUAAAAAUGAUUUUAAAGAUCUCAGUACAGUUAAUAAUACGAAUUGGCGUUCUAAUAAUUUAACAUUCGAAUCCAGCCCUGAAAGUGAGGAAAAACAUGAAUCGUCGGAAGAAUUAACAAGUCCUAGGCCAUCAACUUCUUCUGCAAAUAAUUCGUCUCCUUCAGAUAAUAAUAAAAGUGAUAGUAAUACUGAGACAAUUAAUACGCCACCAAAUUGCUUAAAAGUUAAGACGUAUUUACGAUUAAUACAAAAUACGUCGAUUAAAAGAUCACAUAAAAAAAUGCGGGAAAAAAAGAAACAGGAUUCGAUUAUUUGUGAUGAUAAUGAUGAUAAUUUGUCUGAUGAUGGAUCGAUUUUUGACGAAAAAGAAAAGAUAAUUGAUUAUGAAAAUUCUGGUUUGAUGGAAGAUGAUGAUAUUAAACCAUUGGACGGUGAUAAUGAUGAUCAUUAUGAUAAGGUAUUUCCAAAAGGUACUUAUUCAAAAUCAUUUAAUAGUAAUCGAUCAAAUGAUGGCUCUAUUUUUGGAUCUGAUGAUGAAAUGAAUAGUCCAAGUGAAUAAUUUUUAUUGAGAAGAUAAAGAAUAAAUGUGAUUUAUUCAUUUAUUUAACUUUUGAUCAAUUAUUAUUAUUAUUUUUUUUUUUUGAUGAGCGUUGAGCUCUUUUUUUUUUUUAAUCAAUAAUGAUAAAUGAUCAAAUGAAAAUUUUAUGUCGAUGUGAUUAAAUAAUUAAUGGACCAAACUAAAGUCAAUAUUAAUUUUCAUGAUAAAUGCUGAUAAUAUCUAAUAGAUUGAUUUAAAAAAUAAUUAAAUCCAACUGUUAUAUUAAAAUACGAGGUAAAAGUUGAAUGAAAGUGCCUUAAAAAUUUAACAUGUAUAAUAUAUGACUUCAUUUUAUAAAAAAUUAUAGACUUAUAAAAAUUUCUAUCAACAACUUUGUUUUUUUUUUUUAAUUGUUUUAUAUAAACAUUUUUCAAUUUAAUUACUAUACAUUUUUUCUUCAAUUAAUAAUUAAUUUGUUGUAUUAUUGUACUUGUAUUUAAAAUUGUAUCAGUGCUAGUGUAAUUGUGAUAUGUAUAUAAUUCUACGUAAAAUAGUCUUAUAAAUCAUUCAAAUAAAAGAAAAAAAAAAUUAAAGAAUAAAAAAAAAUAGAAAAAAUACAACACAAUUACAUAAUAAAAAAAUUUAAUUUAUGCAAAUUACUAUAUCGAUUAACUUGUAUUUUUUAAGAUUUAAAAUUAAUUUUUGUGGGUAUUAAUUGGAUUGGUACAUAAUUAUUGUCAUAAGAGCUUUAAAUAAUAAAAAUUAUUAUAUUAAAUAUUAUAUUAUCUUUAUCGUCUUAAAUUUAUCGCCACUUAAUUUGUAAUCAAUAAUUAUUAUAUACUUUUUUGUUCUUAUAAAAAUAAAUAUUAAAUAUGUUGAUUUA